CGUUUUUGUGCUAUAUAAUAUGCAAAUACCAAAUAGUGCUAUAUUGAUAUUUGAUAACUUGGUAUCAUUGAACGUAGUCCACGUUUACUGUGCAACGUCUAUCUAAGUAUCAAAUAUCAAUAUUAUUAAAUUUAGUUUAAAAUUUUUUAUAUUGAUGUAUUUACAUUAAUGUAUAACUACUAAUUGUUAUCUAAGUUUCAUUGAAACAUCUUCCAAGUCAAUGAUGAAACCAAUCGUGUUUCUACCAACAAUUUAUAUGAAUCUUUUUAAAAUUUAAACGUAAGCAGACACUGUAAUUUAAAUUGUAUUGAUCAUCUUGGAAUGUCUGACGACUUUUAGCAAUAACAAAAUGAAGCUCGUUCAUAAAGACAUCGAAAAAGAUGGCAAAGGAGUCAUUGUACUUAUACCUGAAGAAGCUGAAGACAUGUGGCAAGCAUACAAUAUUAUAAGACAAGGUGAUCAAAUCCGUGCAUCAACUAUAAGAAAAGUACAAAAUGAAUCAGCUACUGGAUCGUCCACUAGUCAUCGUGUACGAACAACAUUAACUAUUAGUGUUGAGACUGUAGAUUUUGACACUCAAGCUUGCCUAUUGCGAUUAAAAGGAAGAAAUAUUGAAGAAAAUGAGUAUGUCAAAAUGGGUGCCUAUCAUACCAUUGAUUUAGAAUUAAACAGAAAAUUUACUUUAAUGAAAGAAGAAUGGGAUUCAAUUGAUUUAGGAAGAAUUGAAAUGGCCACUGAUCCAGCACAGACAGCAGAUGUAGCGGCAGUCAUAAUGCAAGAAGGUUUAGCACAUGUAUGUUUAAUUUCUGGUAGUCGAACAAUAGUACGGGCCAAAAUUGAUCAAAAUAUACCACGAAAACGAAAAGGAGAUGUAAAGCAACAUGAAAAAGGAAUUUUAAGAUUUUUCGACUUGGUGAUGCAAGCAAUAUUGCGCCAUAUCAGAUUUGAUAUUGUUAAGUGUACAAUAAUUGCAAGUCCUGGUUUUGUAAGAGAUCAAUUUUUUGAAUACGUGAUGCAAGAAGCUGUAAAAACAGAUAACAAAACAAUUUUGGAAAAUAAAUCUAAAUUUAUAACUGCACAUGCAUCAAGUGGAUUCAAACAUUCUUUAAAAGAAGUUCUAUCAAAUCCAUCAAUAGCUGCCAAACUCGAAGAUACAAAAGCAUUAGGUGAAUUGAAAGUGUUGGAGAACUUUUAUAAAACAUUGCAAUCCGAAUCAACCAGAGCUUUUUAUGGUAUUAAUCAUGUGGAAAAAGCUAAUGAAGUAUUAGGAAUUGAAACUUUACUUAUCACUGAUAGUUUAUUCAGGAGUCAAAAUAUUGCUGAGCGUAAACGUUAUGUUAAACUAGUAGAUAGUGUCAAAGAAUCUGGGGGUGAUGUCAAAAUUUUUUCAAGUAUGCAUGUUACCGGAGAACAAUUAUCUCAAAUUACUGGUGUUGCGGCUAUACUUAGAUUUCCCAUGCCUGAGUUAGAAGAUGAUGAAGAAGAAGAUGAUGAUUAUUCUGAUGAAAAUACACCACUACCACCAAGUUGAUAGAACAUUUAUUUUCAUUACCAUAUAAAUACUAGAUAUUAUAAUUUUUUUUGAAUUAUUAUUUAUUAAAGUUAUUGCUAGUUUUUAUUUAUUAUUGAUUAAUUUUGAAACGGUUAUUUCAAUUUCUUAAUAAUUGUUUGUUUAUAUGUGAAUGAAAUAUAAAUAUAAAACAUCAUAUAUUUUUGAAAA